AUGGCUCCCUUCCUCAGACCAUCUACCUGGACUUGGGCCCUGCUGGAAGGUGCUCUCUGGCUCUCUGUGCUCUGGGCACUGUUUUCUCCAGCCUGCUGUUCCCAUGACCCACCCAAAUGGCGCUUCUCUACCUCUGAAAUUGUCAUCCCCAGGAAGGUUCCCCAGAGAAUGGGUAAAAGUGAUAUGUCAGAGCACAUCGCCUACAGCAUGCGCUUUAGGGGACAAAGACACGUGGUCCACAUGAAACUCAAGAAGAAUAUGAUUCCUCAAAAUUUUCCUGUAUAUACCUCUAAUGACCAAGGAGCCCAGCAGGAGGAUUACCCAUUUGUUCCUCGGGAUUGUUACUUCUACAGCUACCUGGAAGGAGUCCCAGGGUCCCAAGCUACACUAGAUACCUGCACUGGAGGUCUGAAAGGAAUGAUACAGGUGGAUGACUCCACUUAUGAAAUGAAACCGUUGGCAUCUUCUUCAAAAUUUGAGCAUGUAAUUUCUCUGCUUGUGGUGGAUGAAAGGUCACGUAAGUCUAAAAAGUGUAGAAAUGAUGAGAUUAUGGCAGAGGCAAAUAUCCCCCCUGAAGAGACUCAGCUUGCUGGAAGUCCCAGAGCAGCUCCCGUGUAUCUGUGGCGUAUACAUAUAAAAAAUAUAGCAAUACACUACACGAUGACUCACAGCUUAUUCGUAAAAGUCGGAAGGAACCACACUGCCUCGAUUGAGUUAAUGAUGAUGAUGACCAGCAUAGCAAACAGCAUUUAUAGAGUAAGUGGAUUUCUUGUGUUUGCACGUGCCAUAUGUAUUUGGAAUGACUAUGAUCACUUCGAAUUUGAAGAAAUUACUGAUGUUUUAGAAUAUCUGGAAUAUUUUGGCUAUUGGAAAUCUGAAUUUUAUUGGGAAAUGCAUCAUGCCACUACAGUUAUUCUCGCAGGAGAGAAAAUUGGAAGUGAAGAGUAUGCAGCCAAUCAGAAUGGUGCAUGCAACCCCAACUGGGGUGUAGCAUUUGUACAUGUAGGAAAAAAACAUUUCUUUCUGGGUUCAUCUUUAAUGGCUCACGCAGUGGGUCACAUUAUGAAUUUAGAGCAUGAUAAACCUGGCUGUAUUUGUUUCAGAAGGACUAGUUGUGUCAUGAAUGCAUUUCCCACUCUUCAGGAUAUGCUAAGCAAUUGUUCCCAUGAUAGGAUACUUGUGUAUAUCAAUGACUGGGACCCUUGCUUUAGUCAAGCACGUGUUACAUAUAACAAUUUAAAUUAUGUAAUUCCUCGUUGUGGAAAUAAGAUAGUAGAUCAAGGUGAAAAAUGUGACUGUGGUUCUUUUAAGGACUGUUUCUCUGAUAAGUGUUGUGGAACCAAUUGUAAGUUAACCAAGGGCAGCACUUGUACUGCAGGAGGUUGCUGUGAAAAUUGUCAGUUUGCUCCCACUGGAACAAUAUGCAGAGACAAAUUUGGUAUUUGUGAUCUUCCAGAAUACUGUAAUGGAGUCUCAGAGCAAUGCCCAGCAAAUUUUUACAUCAUGGAUGGAACUCCUUGUUCUCCACUAGCAGUUUGCAUGUCAGGAAACUGUAGCGACCGUGAUUUGCAGUGUCAAGCUCUUUUUGGAUACCAAGUAAAGGAUGCUUCACCAGCAUGCUAUAGAGAAUUAAAUGUCAAAGGAGACCGAUUUGGAAACUGUGAGGUUAAAGAGGUACUUGGAGGAAGCCGACCUAUUGCAUGUCAAACGGAGGAUAUUUUAUGUGGACAGAUUCACUGUGAUGGUGUCGUUCGUAUUCCUGGUGGAGGUGAGCACACUACCUUUCGUCACAUAAAGGUACAUGAUAUUAAAGAAGAAAACUGCUUUGGGUAUGAUGCACACCAUGGGACAGAACUUCCUGAAAUGAGUUUUGUAUUGGAUGGUGCAACCUGUGGCCCAGGGAAAUACUGCAAAGGCCGGAAAUGUGUCUUUCAUCAAACUUUGCAGUAUAAUUGCAACAUAAGUUCAUGUAACUUCAGAGGGGUGUGUAACAACAAUGGCAACUGUCACUGUAUCCAAGGUUGGCAACCACCACAUUGUAGACAAAGAGGAUCAGGUGGUAGUGUAAACAGUGGUCCUCCAAUUGCUUCUGGGAAAACAUUUAAAGCCGAAAUACAUAUGAGUGUCAACAAGCUAAUAAUUCUUGUAGGUACUCGAAUAUUUCUUGUCUUGGCUUCAAUUACUUCUGGUGCAAUUUCAAAAGCAGUAUUACGUCCUCCACAAGCAGUAUCACAUCCUCCACAAGCAGUAUCACGUCCUCCACAAGCAGUAUCACGUCCUCCACAAGCAGUAUCACGUCCUCCACAAGCAGUAUCACGUCAUCCACAAGUGCUCCCACGUCGCCCCCGUUAA